AUGUCAAACAAAGACGCUACAGAAAAUUUAACCAGAGAACAAAAUGAUGGAAGAAGGAUUGAUACCACACAGGAUACUGGAAGUAUGACGGGUGAAUCUCCCACCCUGAUAGGAGAUGUCCUUCGACCGAAAAUAACCCGUAGAGUGGGCUGCUGGAACGUGCGGACCCUCUACCAAACAGGAAAACUAGCACAAGCGGUGAGAGAAAUGGAGUAUUACAAGAUCGAGCUCCUUGGAAUUAGCGAAACAAGAUGGGCAGGUAAUGGGACAAAACAACUAAUGUCGGGGCAUCAAAUACUCUACUCUGGAAGGAGUAAUAGUCAUCAUAAUAGUGGAGUAGCCAUAAUUACAUCAAAAGAGGUUCAUAGAAGUCUAUUAGCAUGGAAACCAGUGAGCGAGCGAAUAAUAACAGCAAGAUGCAACUCGGCUUUCGCCAAACUAACUGCAGUAGUCUGCUAUGCACCAACAGAAGAUGCAGAAGAGGAUGAGAAAGUCUCUUUUUAUGAAAACCUACAAAAGACAGUAGACGACACACCAUCUCAUGAUGUACUACUUAUCUUUGAUGACUUAAAUGCAAAAGGCGGGAAAAGCAACCGAAGCAAAGAAAACAUCAAGGGGGGAUUAGGGGAAUGUAACAACAAUGGAGAAAGGCUGUGCACUUUAUGUCAAGAAAACAACUCAAUAAUUGGGGGAACUAUAUUCAUGCACAAAGAUAUCCAUAAUUCAACAUGGAACUCCCCAGAUGGACAUACGAAAAACCAAAUUGAGCAUGUCAUUGUAAACAAGAGAUGGAGAAGUAACCUGCAGGAUGCGGCAGCAAAACAAGGUGCUGACGUGGGAAGUGACCACUCAUUAGUAGUAGCAAAAAUCAAGUGGAAGCUAAAAAAAAAAGGAGGAAAGACCAAAGACCGCCUCCAGUUAAUAUCCAAAAGGUAA